AUGCCUUCGCGCACUCGCCAAGGUCCCGCAGAUGAGGCGGAGGAGGAAUCUGGCCUUCAAGGCCUGGCCUUCAACCAACCCCUCUCCUGGCGCGUGGGGCGCGCCGCCAUCCCCAUCGCCGAUCUACUUGAACGUUUACAGUCCCUCGCCCAGGAGCUCCGUAAGCUGGAGCAGGAAGAAAUCGACAAGGAGUCUUUGCGCAAAGUGUCCCAGGAGCUUUCCAGUGCGAACCUGCUUGCCCACAAAGACAAGGGAGUUCGUGCCUGGGCUGCGUGCUGUAUUGUCGAUGUGUUGCGACUCUGCGCACCGGACGCGCCUUUCACCAGGAACCAACUUAAGGACAUUUUCACCUGCAUCGUCACCUCCAUCAUCCCCGCAUUGGCCGAUCCAUCCAACGCCUACAAUGCACAGCAAACUUACGUCUUGGGCUCACUCGCUGAAGUGAAGAGUGUUGUUCUCAUGACCGACCUUGACCAUCCCGACUCACUGAUCGUGCCGCUCUUUUCCAGUUGCUUCGACAUCGUCUCCGGCUCCUCAAAAUCUUCUACUGGCGAGGAAAUCGCCAAGGGCGUCGAAUUCGACAUGACUCGGCUGCUAGUCACCGUGAUUGACGAAACUCCGGUACUCGCGGCAGAGGUUGUGGACACCAUUGUCGCACAAUUCCUGCGUGUUGACCCUAGGGUGCUGGAAAGUCCCAGGAAAGGCAAACGCGUCGACGCACCAAUUGAUGCCAAGCAGGACACUCUUUUGCUAAAGGACUACCCGCCCGCCUACAAUAUGGCCAAGGCCAUCUGUCAGGCUUGCCCCGAACGCAUGACCAGCCAUAUCAGCCAAUAUUUCAACAAUGUCAUCAUUGAUGCAUCUGCUCCUGGCCAGGCAAAUGGCUCCAAGGGGGCCCCACGCAAACCGAAUCUCGACGACUCGGAUGAGGAAGGCGAGGAUAUCAAGGAAUUGAGCAAGGCGCAUCGUUUGAUCCGGGAGCUAUGGCGUGCCUGUCCCGAGGUCUUGCAGAACGUCAUUCCUCAAGUCGAGGCCGAGCUGUCUGCAGAAUCGGUGGCUCUUCGAUUGUUAGCUACGCAAACAAUUGGAGACCUGGCGGCAGGAAUUGGUGUUGCUGGCCCCCCUCCUCCGCCACCAAUGGACCCAACGGCGUAUCCACAUGUGACGUUGGAGGAGUAUUCCCAGAUGAUCGCUCAGCCCAAUGUUCUCCUAACACCAGUGUCUCCGAAGCCCUUCUCGCAAGUGCAUUCCUCGGCCUAUGAAGCAUUUCUGAGCCGGCGACUCGACAAGACACCCUCGGUUCGCGCAGCCUGGGCAACAGUGGUUGGACGCAUUUUGUCGACAUCUGCGGGUGGUUCUGGUCUGAGCGAGACCGAAGAACAAGGGCUUGUCGCCAGUCUGGCUUUGAUGCUUCGUGACGCUGACGAGAAGGUGCGUGUUGCUGCAGUGGAUACAGUUGGACAGUUCGGCCUGCAUCAUAUUGUCUACAAACUCGGUAUGAAAGGCGGCUGCUCCACCCCUGACUCCGUGCUCGCUAUUCUUGCGGAGCGUGUGAAAGAUCGCAAGCCGCAAGUUCGUGAUCAUGCGAUGAAGAUUCUUGCACGCAUAUGGGCCGUUGCUGCGGGUGACAUUGAGCAAAAUACCGAACCGGUUGUGUCCCUCCUGAAGGAUGCACCAUCCAAGAUCUUCGACGCUUUCUACACAAAUGACCAAGAGAUUCACAUACUUAUUGAUCGUGUUCUUUGCGAGACUCUACUCCCACUCAGCUAUCCCCCGAUCAAGUCGAAGAUCUCCCGAGGAGGUUCAAACUUGUCGCAAAAGGGCAAGGAGAAGGAGAGCCAGGCCACCGAUGUUGAUCAAGAGAAUGAUGUCGACAAAAUCCGAGUUCGACGUAUUCUGACGUUGCUUCGCGGCCUGGAUGAAAAAGCCAGACGAGUGUUUUUCGUUAUGCUUGCCCGCCAAUUGUCCAUGAGACAGGCAACAACACUCUAUCUCGAGGCGUGUGAGAAGUACAACGGUGGCGUUGUUGAGAAGGAUGGAGACCAAGCCAAGGCGCAACUAUCAAAGGUUAUCGACUCUCUGUCCAAAACCUUCCCCGAUGCCGCACGCGCCUCGGCGGACUUGUGGAAGUUUGCCAAGGUUCAUGAUCGCCGGAGUUACCAGCUCAUUCGGUUCUCCAUGGCUGCUGUUAGCGACUACCGAACUGUGACAAAGGCCAUCAAGGAACUUCAACGGAGGGCACAGAGCGCCAACAAUUCUCCCUUGCUAGAGACCUUAACGCCUCUACUGUAUCGCUGUGGUUCGCUUGUUUUCAACCGCAGCCACAUUCCAGCGAUUAUGAGUCUUUCUCGAACUGAUGAGAACGGCUUAGCCAAUGCUGCCCAGGAAAUGUUGAAACAAAUAUCUUCCCAGAACCCCGAGGUUCUCGAGGCUCAGGUCCAGGAGAUGUGCAAAGAUCUUGAGACGCAAGCUCCGAAGGCUCGUUCGGCGGGCGACGCCAGCAACGAGGAAAUUCUCAAGGCUUGUGCCGGCUUCGCCAAAAAGCUCCCCGGCAAGCUGCCCAAGGAGCGCAAAUUUUUCCAGGCUCUCACCAACUAUGCUCUCUACAGCGUCUCACCACAGUCUGCUAAACACGCGGUGUCGAUUCUCAUGGCUACUGCCGAUAAGAAGGAGAUGUAUGCCAAGGAUCUUGUCCAGAAGUGUGUGAAAAAGUGGACUUACGGUACUGAUCACUAUCUUACCCGUCUCGGGGCCUUGUCCCAACUAAAUUUUCUUGCACCGCGGGAAGCAGACGAAGAAAGCGAUGCCAUAAUCUCAAUCGCUGUCAACCAAAUUCUCCUUGAAAAUCGCUCCCCAGAAACAGACUCCGGAUAUGUGUGGGCUGAGACCGUUGAUGAAGAGACUCAAGCCAAGGAAUGGGCGCUCAAGAUCAUUGUCAAUCGCCUGCGAGCUAAAGAUGGCUCAGACAGUGAUGCGGACUUCCGCGAGCAUGCCAAGCCUGUGUACGAAACCUUGAACAAACUUGUUGCAGGCGAAGGUGAACUUUCUAAAAAGAAAGUAACACCGGCAAAUCAGAAAUCACGACUGCGCCUUCUCGCUGCCAAAUCUUUGGUCAAGUUAUGUGCCUCCAACAGUCUCUGUGAUCAAUUGCUGGCUCCAGCAGACUUCAAUUCGAUUGCUUUGAUGGCACAAGACCCACUCUUCCCAGUCCGAAGUGCAUUCAUCAACCACCUGAAAAAGAAACUGGUCCAAAGAACGUAUUUGGGUUAUCGCUGGUUCAUUGUCCCCUGUCUUCUCGCGUUUGAGCCUAGCAGUGGUUUGAAGGAAAGCACCCUCACGUGGUUACGAUCACGCGCUGCCUACUUCGCGCAGCAAGCCCAAGCUAGUGGGAAGCGAAAUGAACAAACUAUGGUCAUGGAAUUGAUCUUCUCGCGUCUUUUGUCUCUCCUAGCUUAUCACCCCGACUACCCACCCAACGACCUAGACGAGGCGACACAACUUGGUGAUCUGAGCGAUCUUGCACGAUACAUCGUUUUCUACCUUUUGGCCGUGGCUAAUGAACAGAACAUGUCUCUGAUCUUCCACGUUGCCCAGCGCGUCAAACAAUUCCGUGACGGCAUUACAAAAACUGAUGAAAUGUCAACUCGCCUCCACACUUUGUCGGAUCUGGCUCAGGCCACCAUUAGGCGUUUUGCUGAUAUCUACUCUCAACAACACAAGUUCGGAGGUGGCAACAACGGUGCCACUAAUCUUCUGCAAACUUAUCCCGGCAAGAUGGGCGUGCCUAGCUCUCUUUUCGCCUCCAUGACGGGCCACGAAGAGGCCCAAGAGGUUGCUAACAAGAACUUCCUUCCCGACGAGCUGGACGACAUACUGGAACGUGUCGUGCGCAAUGCCAUGAAGCCCAAGAGCUCGUCUCAUAAGGAUCAGGCUAACUCUGCGAAAAAGCGGAAGCCCCAACCCCUAGAUUCCAAUGGGAAUUCGUCAGCGAAGAAAGCCCGUAAGGAUAAGUCAACCCGACCAGCUCGGAAGUCAUCUACCUCUGUGACACCCCGCCGCAAACGCAAGGAUGAUGAUGGUUGGUCGUCUGAUGGUGGCGAUGCAAAGGAUCUCCCCAAGUCCGCUCGCCGGCGUAGCAGCCGAGGUACCAAGGGUGUGAGCUACGCAGACAAAGACAGUGACGAGGAUGAUAUCGAGAUGGAGCAUUGGGAUCAAGACAAGGACGAAGAAGAUGAUGAAGAGAAGCAAGAAGGGAGUGAUGAGGAAAUGCAGGAGGGCGAAGACAGUGCCGAAGCAGAAGACCCUGCACAAACCAGCGAGAAGGAAAACUCAUCCCCGGCCCAUUCCAAGCGAGGACCCAGGCGGAUUGAGACAAAGAAGAACGAAGCUGCAAAGCCAGCGACGACUACCCUGCCGACACGCCGAUCGUCUCGACGGGGUUAG